UUCCCCUUUCCCUUUUUGUAUCAGCCGGACGUUUUUUUAUAUUCUUCUUCCAAUCUCUCUCUCUCUCUGUCGCCAAUUCCCAGAUUCUCAUUUUUGCAGAGAUUUUAGGAGGAACAUGAUUAUUUGAAUUGGGAGAGACAUUGGUUCGUGUAAAAUGCGGGUGCUUGGUUUGAGCUCAAGCUUAUGUUCAGGUGAGGAUAAGGAACAAGAGAUCACUGGAGAUGGCGCUCUCACGCCUGUCUAUCUCAACGUCUAUGAUCUAACUCCUGUCAACAAUUAUCUCUAUUGGUUCGGCCUUGGCAUAUUUCACUCUGGGAUUGAGGCUCAUGGUUUCGAAUAUGGUUAUGGUGCUCAUGAGUAUUCGAGCAGUGGGGUAUUUGAGGUUGAACCUAGGAGCUGUCCAGGUUUCAUCUUUAGGCGGUCAGUUUUGCUGGGAACCACCACCAUGUCUCGCUCUGAUUUCCGCUCAUUCAUGGAGAAGCUUUCAAGAAAAUAUCAUGGGGACACAUAUCAUCUAAUUGCCAAAAACUGUAACCAUUUCACUGAAGAAGUAUGUGUGCAGGUAACAGGAAAGCCUAUUCCCGGAUGGAUUAAUCGGAUGGCUCGAGUGGGUUCUUUCUGUAAUUGUAUCCUUCCAGAAAGCAUACAGAUCUCAUCGGUUAAUCCUCCUGAAGCCCUUGAGUUCUCUGAUGAUAACGAUGGAUCAGAAGAGUCACUUGCAUCUUCUGUGUCAUACGAAACAGAUGGAGAAGGAUCGGAUCAUCAUCUGAUAACAGCACCAAACAGUGACAUUGCUUAUCUACAAGACAGACCAGUGCGACUUGCCCGUGAGCUCCUCCAAGAACCAGCUGAUGAUGAUGAUGCAUCUCCUGAGUUUCUGUUGAAGCGAUCUUGAUCAUGAUCAUCAGGAACCUGUGUUGUCUGUAAACAAGAAGCGAGGCAAUGGGUCCAUUUUGAGUAUUCUUUCUUUGGAUUUAGAAAUGUAUAAAAAAAAGAUUUGAAAUAUAAAUGAGAACCCAUCUAAGAUAUUGGAUUGUACUUGUAGUGUAAUAUUAGAGACAGACAGAUAUGGUGUGUGGAACUUGUCGACGUAAUUGUGCCAUCUUCUUCUCUCCCUGAGUUCACA